AUGACCACGCCCCUUACUGUCAUUAGUGCUCGCGGCCGCCCUCCUGCCGGGACGGUGCCCAACGGCGACAAUUUUCCCCCGCACAACUUUUAUAACGGGUCGUACCUUGCGGCGCUGGGUGGCCUCCGGGUCGGCGAUUUGAUGGCUAUGCCGUUGGGUGAGUUGGCGCUGCAUGUACGUGAGGGCACGGCGGCGGGGUCGACGCCUGAAAGCGCGCAGCAGAUAUUCUCCUUCGGGCUGCACAACGGUCUGUGGAAGGAGCCUACCGGCAAAUUGGCGUUUUGGAGUCCGCCGAAUCACUGCUGGUCUGGGUUGACUGAUUGGCGGACUAUGCCGCUGUCUGGGUUCAAUUUGACGCCUGCUCGGUUGGACGGGACUCAGAAGCCUGUCGCUACUAGUGGCAUUCAUACUCACAUGGCCAUGGCUGGUAGCCAGCGGGAUCGGUGGGCUGUUAUUGGGGAGUUUGGAGGUGGUACUUGGAUUAUGGGGAUGGUUAGUGAUGAUGAGUGGCAAUGUCCCAGUGGCUUUGGGAAAUAUCCUCGUUUCCAGCGCCCGGCGAAGAAACCUUCGUCGAUUGAUGAGUAUCGAGCUGACCAGCCUAUGUGA